CGCCAUUUUAGAUGGCGAGAGGAGAGGGAGGCUUCGAGUGAGGGAAGAGCCUUCGCGGCGGGGAAGCGGCAGCACCCGAGAGGCGGGCAGUUACAGUGAGAUGUAUCAGAUGGUGUUUACCAGAAGAGUAGACACGGCUGAAGAGGGCUGGAGCACAUAACUACAUUUGCCAUGGUGGAGAUGUUGCUGAAAACGGGAGCAUGGGAUUUCAGUGCAUGAUCACGGAGCUCCACGCAACUUUUCCUUAUUGACCUUCUGAAGGAAGGCUAGUGAUACCCUGUAUAUACUUGGAACACCUGUUUUUGAAGAUUAUAAGGUUUUGUCGCUUAAAGCUGCUUCAAUGGACCACAUUCAUGGAGCUUGGAAGGCUCUUACGGAUGGAAUUGGAUUAAAAGACUCUGUCUUCAAUGGAUCCAGCUGUAUUUCACCUACUAUUGUUGAGCAGUUUGGUUAUCAGCGCAGAGCAUCUGAUGAUGGGAAACUUUUAGAUUCCUCCAAGACAAGUAACACUAUUCGUGUUUUUUUGCCUAACAAGCAACGCACAGUGGUAAAUGUACGUAAUGGAAUGACUCUUCAUGACUGUCUCAUGAAAGCACUCAAAGUUAGAGGUCUGCAGCCAGAAUGCUGUGCGGUUUUUCGAUUACUUAGUGAACAUAAAGGUAAAAAAGCACGAUUGGAUUGGAGUACAGAUGCUGCAUCCUUGAUUGGAGAAGAAUUACAAGUUGACUUCCUUGAUCAUGUUCCACUCACAACACAUAACUUCGCACGAAAAACAUUUCUGAAGCUUGCAUACUGUGACAUCUGUCAGAAGUUUUUAUUAAAUGGAUUCCGAUGUCAAACCUGUGGUUACAAAUUCCAUGAACACUGCAGCACAAAAGUUCCAACUAUGUGUGUGGACUGGAGCAAUAUCCGGCAACUCUUAUUGUUUCCACAUUCAAAUGUUGGUGAUAGUGGUAUCUCAGCACCUCCUUUGAUGACUCGGCGAAUACGUGAAUCUGUGUCUCGGAUGCCUGUUAAUUCUCAGCAUAGAUAUUCUACACCUCAUGUUUUCACAUUCAGUGGAACAAAUCCUUCUCCUGAAUGUUCUCUUUCUCAAAGACAAAGAUCUACAUCUACCCCAAAUGUCCACAUGGUCAGUACUACUAUGCCUGUGGAUAACCGGAUAAUUGAGAAUAACAGCCUGAAUGCUUCUCCCAGGUCCUGGUGCAGACGAUUCUGUUUAAGGGGAAGAGAUGCUAUACGUAGUCACAGUGAAUCUGCAUCACCACCAGCUAUGUCAGGAAGCCCCAACAAUACAAGUCCAACAGGGUGGUCACAGCCUAAAACACCAGUUCCGGCUCAAAGAGAGCGAGCUGCAGGAGCUAAUCCACAAGAAAAAAAAAUAAGGCCACGUGGACAGAGGGAUUCAAGUUAUUACUGGGAAAUAGAAGCAAGUGAAGUUAUGCUGUCAACCAGAGUUGGAUCAGGCUCGUUUGGAACAGUUUAUAAGGGAAAGUGGCAUGGAGAUGUAGCAGUAAAGAUACUAAAAGUUGUAGAUCCAACCCCAGAACAAUUUCAGGCCUUUCGAAAUGAAGUAGCUGUAUUAAGGAAAACUCGACAUGUUAAUAUUCUACUAUUUAUGGGCUACAUGACUAAAGAUAAUCUGGCCAUUGUCACACAGUGGUGUGAAGGAAGUAGCCUGUAUAAACACCUGCACGUUCAGGAGACCAAGUUUCCAAUGUUACAGCGAAUUGAUAUUGCAAGACAGACAGCACAAGGAAUGGACUACUUGCAUGCAAAGAAUAUAAUACACAGAGACAUGAAAUCAAAUAAUAUAUUUCUUCAUGAAGAUCGAACAGUGAAGAUAGGAGACUUUGGUUUGGCAACAGUCAAAUCCAGAUGGAGUGGUUCUCAACAGGUAGAACAGCCUACAGGAUCUGUUCUCUGGAUGGCACCAGAAGUAAUUCGAAUGCAAGAUAGCAAUCCAUUCAGCUUUCAAUCAGAUGUCUAUUCUUAUGGAAUAGUACUAUAUGAACUGAUGACAGGAGAGUUACCGUAUUCACAUAUUAACAAUAGAGAUCAGAUCAUUUUCAUGGUUGGUCGUGGUUAUGCAUCACCUGAUCUCAGUAAACUUUACAAAAACUGUCCAAAAGCUAUGAAGAGGCUUGUAGCAGAUUGUGUGAAAAAAGUGAGGGAAGAAAGACCUCUUUUUCCACAGAUAUUGUCUUCCAUUGAACUGCUGCAACAUUCUUUACCUAAAAUUAACCGAAGUGCUUCAGAACCUUCUCUGCAUCGUGCAACUCAUACCCAGGACAUAAAUUCAUGCACGCUGACUUCAACAAAGUUACCUGUCUUCUAGGAGAUCCAUGUGCCUUGUUCACAGUUCUCCCCAGUAGCAGUUAUUUAUAGCAGUUGUGUUUUGAAAGCUUCAAUUUACAGAAUGGGAUAGCCAGCGUGGGAUUCACCUGGGUGCCAAUUUUAAGAAUGAGCUGCUAUGAAUUUCUACUGUUCUAAGUCUACAGGGACAAAACUCCAUGUUGCCUUUUUCUACAGUUUAUCAUAUGGAAAUAGUGCACAGACUGCAUACAAGAAGUUCUAUUGCUAUUUUUUUAUAGAUGCACUUGAGCCUUAUUUUUUCCCCAUAUGCAAAAAAAAAAAAA